AUGUCCGGCCACGCACAAGAACCCAGCUCUGUCCCCGAGGACGACCUCGCACCGACCGAGACCACCGGCUACAAGGUCGGCCAGCAGAAGACCCUCGAGGAGCUCGCUCGCCUCGACGCCGAGGACGAUUCGCUCGCACGGUGGAAGGCCUCGCUCGGCAUCAACCCGGCCGCGUCGGCCUCGACCUCGGGCUCGGGCCCCAACGUCGAGAUCCUGUCCUUAUCGCUCACGGCCCCGUCGAGGCCACAGCCCAUCGUGUUCGACCUCACCGACCCGGCAAAGGUCAAGAGCCUCAAGAGCAGUCCUGUCGUCAUCAAGGAGGGCGUCGACUACAGCGUCGAGCUCAAGUUCAAGGUCAACCACGGCCUCGUGUCGGGCCUCAAGUACCUGCAGGUCGUCCGCCGCAUGGGCGCAAACUUGGACAAGCUCGAGGAGAUGAUUGGGAGCUACGGGCCGUCGCCCGAGCCGGUCGUCAAGAAGCUCGUCGCCGAAGAAUCGCCCUCGGGCAUGAUCGCUCGCAGCGGCUCCUACACGGUCCGGAGCCGCGUCAUCGACGACGAUAAGCACGUCCACUGCGACUUUGAGUGGGUCUUCAAGCUCGCCAAGGAGUGGUAG